AGAGAGAGAGAGAGAGAACUACUUUUGUAAUCGAGUUAAGACGUCUGUAAGAGAAGUGAUGCGUCAUUUGCCUCACUGGUUCGAUGAAAACUUUCAAUGGAAAAUCAGCGAUCGUUGGCGAGGCGGUGCAAAAUAAUGUUACUGAUACAGCGUCCUAACGCUUAGUCGUAAAAAUAAGAUGGAGAGGAGGAAUGGAAAUUAUUCCUACCUGUACGAAGGGAACUGGAGUUAUGAAAUGUGUGAACCCAAAUCAGGAUGGAAACGGUUACGGCGAAAUCGACAAAGCAGACAAACAAACAAUCGUCCCGUGGGUUCGGGCUAUCCCUUGUCUGUGAUAUGGGACGACAGAGCAUGCUCACCAGAGAGAGGGGACGAGUAUCUUGCAAGCGUUCAAGAAACCAUUGAAGAAAACGGCAGCGACGCCGUGAUUCAGAAUGGAUUUGUACCCACCGUUCCACCACGUCGCCGGCGACCACCCAUCGACACCAGGACGAGACAGAGACAGCUGUUGAACCGAGCGUCGUGGUCGGGAACCGUCGACGAUUCUGACUCCUACCAGACUCAUACUUCCAGGGUGUAUCCAGAAACCAGCAACGGGUGUGCGAGUCAGAACGGCCAUGUGAAAACGAAAGUGAAAAAUAGUGUGGUGGAAAGACGAAACGGGUUCCGACAGGAGCGAAAUACCUCAGUGUCCUCGACAUCGCAGGUGUCUCUUUCUAAUCGGAAUUACUACGACAGCCACGAGGAUCUGAAUCCUGAAUGGCCACACGAAUCCAAGACUAGACAGUGUUUCGGACUUCACCGUGAAGUUUCGGUGCCUGUGAACGUGCCGGACACGGAAACUCACGAAAUGACGUCGGAUAGGUUCAACUUGAAACGGAGUCAGAGCGACAACUCCUCUGACGUUUCCUAUUACAAAAAAUGGGACAUCGUUGGCGACACCUUCGACGCCAGGUUCCCGUGGCAACGCGAUGUUUCUGUUCAGUGCAAUAUAAACCAGGAUAACGGCUACAGCCGACACGCUAGUUCCUGUGGUCGGGACGACGCCUUCUAUUCCCCGAUGAGUCCCGUGUGUCUGAGAACUGACAGGCCGAGUGGACGGACGCGAUCCCAGAGACCCAACUCCCUGGGUCAGAUGGAUAACUACAAGUACAACUGUGAGCUGUCGAGGUUCAGGGAGAACUACUCGGAGAGGACGAGGAAGUCUGACCCCAGCAUCAUGUUCCAGUUCCAGUCGCCGCCGCAGAGCAGGAAGAGGAUGCCCAUGGUGCUGUCUGACGACACGGGGUCCAUCUCAGAUCUGGAGUCCAUCAUGGAGAACCCAGACAACAGUUGUUCCGAUUUUUCACGAAAUACAAGUGUCACGUCGUAUGAUGAUGACGAAACAGACGGCAACUACGAAAUAUCCAAACUGUGUGCUUUGCCGGAAAGCUCCGACGAUGACCGGCAAGUCAUAUUGCCGUCUCCGCCUAUGACGUCACAGUUGCUAGAGCGGCUGGCUGACUUUAGGCAUGCUUCGGAUGCAGAGUCGGAUUCAUCGUCAGAGGUGUUGCAAGAUGUCCCUAGUUCUACAGGCAAGAUGUCCCCGUCCCACAGGAAACGAAAACAAAGAAAACAGCCCCAGCGACGGUUAAGUUCCGGAAGUAUAACCGAUGGAUCGGAAGUGGAAGUGGAGCCGGCCUCGCCACCUGUCGCCCGCCGAGGCAGAAGGUCGGCCAUAUUUGAAACAAAGAACUGUGGUGACGUGUCUCCGACGACGCUGUCGCCUGACGUGUCCCCCAGCAAUUCCUGUGAUGAAGGCGAAGGAGCCAGCAACAUCGCCGAGCGACUACGGCGACGUCGGAGUUCGGUGGACCUGGCGAUGAACAUCUACCCCGGCGACCUGCUGGUUCAGGAGCACCACAAGAAGCUCAUCAAGAGGAACACCAUCGCAGACUUCUACGCCCCGGCACUCGGGGGCAUGCCGCCCUGCAAUGGGGCGGGGCCACACUCCUCACCUGGGGACGACUCCAAAGAUUCUAGAAAAGGUCGACAGCCAUUCUCCUUAUUAAAGCUGAUGAAGACACGCAGCAAGGAGUCAUUAACUCAGCUGGGAGAAUGUCUGAGUAAAAUCAAACGGUCAGAGUUCAAGGACAACCAUUUAGCAGCGUACAAGAACUUGCACUGGUCUGAUCUGAUCGUCAGUUCAGACAAGCAGGACAAGCUUCCCAUCUCGGAGACUGAGCGGAAACGCCGCGAGACGGUGUGGGAACUCUUUAAAUGUGAAUGUGUCUUCCUAAUCGACCACCUCAUGGUCAUCAAACACUGUUUCAUGGAACCUCUUAAGAAGCUUCAGGUUGAGGAUUUCCUCAUGUUUGCUGAACCACAAGAUCUCUUUUGUAAUCUGGAUGAACUCUGUUAUGUUAGCUAUACGUUUUGCAAAGACUUUCUGGCAGCACUGCUCAAGGAUAUGAGCUGUACGGAGUUUUUACGGACAGAGAUUUUAAUCAAAGCUUUUCAAAGGUUUUCUACACAUUCAAAAAAUGGAGCCGUGUAUCAUACCUAUUGUCUCAACUAUUCGAAUGCUCUCGUCUACCUGGAAAAAUUGAGACAAAAUCCAGAAUUUGCUGAAUACGAAAAGUGGUGUCAGCAGGACCCGCGGUGUAACCGGCUCCAGAUCACAGACCUACUGGUGGCGCCCAUGCAGCACUGCACCAAGUUACCUCUGUUGCUUAGCAACAUUCGUAAAUACACGGUGGGUGAGGUGGAGAAGCAACAACUCACAGACUCCAUACAGAAGGUGGAAAACUCGCUCAAGCAGCUAGAGGAGAAGAUGAAAUGGGUGUACAACUACGCCAGGGUUCAAGAAAUACAGCAGCAGGUUGUCUGGCCGGCCGUCACAGACCUUGAUCCCCGCAGUUAUAUUCCAGAGUGCCUGAAAUCGUCUUUAUCCAAACAGCCAUGUGAACGUCUUCUGACUUGUGCUAAAAGGCAGCUUAUAUUCGAAGGUGCUCUCAUUUUGAUUGAGUCCACGAAGCAGGUCGAUGUACAUUUGUUUAUAUUUGAUGACAUUUUGCUCCUAACCAAGGUGAAGCGGUCACCUAGGAAGAAACAAUUGACGUCCGAGAGUGGUCAGCCUGACCGGUCCUCGUACAUUGUAUACCGACAGCCGGUGGCCCUGGACCGGUUUGCAGUUCACGACAUCAGUACAAAUGAUGCAACAGCGUGUGGGUUAAAGAACAUUUUUGUGAUUGUGCAGUUCAGUCGCUUCCAACAAAUCAUUGGCGUGUCCACUCUCCAAGCACAGUGUGAAACAUCCAAGACCACGUGGAUUACCCAGAUAAAAGAGGCUAAAGAGAAGUACUGCGAAAAGGCGUCCAGCAGACAGAAUUCCUUCAAGGAGAACAAGGACCCCCGAGCAGACGAGAAGGUGUCACCCAGGCGAUCACGCAGGUCGGGUCAGAUGCGGAGGAUACCGGGCAAAUCCAGAUCCAUGGACGCCAUGUUCUUGUGACCCUUGGCCUGGAGUCCUCUUCACUCAUCCACCAAGUUUCAGAGAGCCAAAGACUUUAUCACCAAUAGCUGUGAGAUGAUCGCUCUUCAUUCUGUGUUCGUGAACAUGUUCAUUUGUUAUAUAAUCUCGCAGUAUCUGUUUGCUCACACUGGCGAUAUUUUUGUAAAACGUCAUAUCCAGAAAAGAUGCUUUGCAUGGUCGAAUUGACUACAUGUGUGUAUGUAUGUAUGUAUCUUAACCAUCAAAUGACAAUACUAUAAAUAUGAGAUUGGGGUAAUGUGUUGUCAUCAAUGUGAAUAUGCAAUAGUAUAUUGUGUCAAAAGUUUAAAAAGACGUGGAGGUAUAUGGUAUUAUUUGCUAAUGCGUUGUCCUUAUGUCAGGUCAAAAUGCAGGGGAAAUCUUUAUUAUAAAUUAAAAUGAGCUUAUUUCUUUGGCUUUUGAGUUUGUGAUAAUUUUCAAGAAGGAUCCUUAAAACCACAUAUUGUACCAGUCAUGGAGCACGUGUUGGCACGAGAAAUAAUGUAAUAGAGAAACACAGUUUACGAUUGAAAUCCUUCAGGUUGGAGCUCAGUUGUUAUGUUCUUCUCCACUCCAGUCCAUAAGGUGUUGUCCAUAAGGUGUUGUCCAUAAGGUGUUGUCCACAAUCAUUGACAAAGCUCAGCUAGCUCUGUUGGUCAUACAUUUUAGAUCCGCCCUCUGAUUGAUUCAGAGUCUAAAUUCCAUCACUGUUGGGAAUCGCAUUAGAAAAUUGGACUCGUGCAUAGAUUUGUGCCUUAAAUAAUUGGUAACUUCGCAGGCAUAUAAUUUAUAACAGGUGAAAAUCGGCUUUGAAGACGAAAAGGCGAACAUAGAAUUAUCAGUGAUCACAGUUAUAUUUGAAACAUUUAAUUGUCAUAUAUUUGUCAAUAUGUUUUUAGUUAUAAUCGUAUCGUACCGAAAUGUCUCACAAUUCAGCCAUAUAUUGCGAUGAUUACUAAGCCUCUUAAUUUCUGCCUAUAAACUACUAUUGUGAUGUCACACAUUGAUAAAUUGUUUUCAGCUAUAAUCACAUCGUCGCGAACAUGGCCCAAACGUCGCCGAUAAAUUACAAUGAUUGCUAAAACUCUUAAUUUCUGCCUAUAAACUAAAAUUGUGAUGUUACCCAUUGAUAAACGUUUUGGUCACACAUUGUUUUAAACUGUUAUUCUCCAAAGUGUGGUACUCAUUUGUCAUUUGAACACAGCAACAACAAUAAUAACCACGUUUCCUUCAAUGUCGGUAUGGAGGUUUUUCAUUUUAACUUAUUUUCGUCCUUAUAUCUAAUUAAGGUUCAAGCGGCUUUUUUUUUCCAGGACAGUGGGUUAGUUGUUAGUGGUUAGUGAGAGAGAAGAGGGUGUAGUGGUCUUACGCCUACCCAUUGAGUCGUUAAAGCUCGCUUUGGUUGGGACCCGAGUACCUACCAGACUUCUUUCUGAUGGCUUAACCACGACACGAAGACGGUGGGUAUUGACCUUAUUACCAUGUGUUAAAUAUUGCCAGUCAAUUGUUAAACUUGGCCGUUGUCCAUAUUCGUUACUUGCUUUUGUUGUGUUUAUAUUUAAACGGGUUACUUGUUGAAUAUAUCUCUUGGACAGAUAUGUGUGGUUAACACGGUCGUUCUGCUGGCCACUACUAGGCUUUUGUGUUAUAUUUAUUGUUAUUUGUUAAUUCAGUUUGUUACUUUUUAAAACCUAUUAUAAAAGAAGAUGGUCGGUUGAAAAGGGGGAAGAUAACUUCUAAGGACUGUAUUGACAUUCAGUACUGUAAACAAUAUGUUAUAUUGCUACGUAAGGAAAACUCUGUAUAAUACGCCCAAAUAACUGCUUACAUAUCGCAGAAAGAUUUAAACAUGUAUGUCAGAUAGCUAUGAUAAUAUAGUUGCUAAUAUACAAAUUUUACAGAAAUGAAGACGCGAAAAUGCCUUUCUACAUUGUUAACAUCCUACCGAAAGAGAAAUUAAAUUAAUUUGCAACCAACCACAAAACAAAUUUGAAUGUAAUACCACCAUGCAUAAAUAAUGACAUACUUUUAGAGAACCGCUGCCUUUAAUAUGCAUAAACAUAUACAUCUUGGUAGAUUCAAAACGUAUAAAAACAACCCCUCAAACAUCGUUUGGCUUAUUAUCGGAUAACAAUUAAGGAUUUCUCCUCGAUAUUAAUUUAGACCACAUAUGUUAUAGUUGUUAUGUGCCCCUUUCCAAUUUGUUAAUUCGACUGCGAGCAUUUAGUAUAUGCAAUACAAAUAGUUAUGCCAUAAUAAGUUAAAUAGCAGUUGAUUACACGUUAUGCAUUCUUGUAUUGAUUUGAAGAAAGUUGUUUUAUAAUGUCUGUUUGUUGCAGCAAUUAGACUGUCCACACAUUUAUACGUUUAACUGUUAAUCCUCCCACGCGCUUCAUGGCUCGGCCAAAUAUCGUGUUCCUAAUUUACACUUUUCAUAUUGGAAUAAUUAGUAUAUUCAAUUUGAUAUAAUGUGUUAAGUUGCAUGUUUUACAAACUGAGCGUUUUAAAAUAUGGUUAUUAUAUACUCACCAAAAAGAAAGGUGCACAGUAGAUCGGCUUGAACAUUUAGUUAUGUAUGCGGUACAUGUAAUCGAUAUUCUGUAAUUACACCAAUUCACACAUUUUAAUAAUCCAUUUAUGACACAUUUGUGUCAACUAUGGUGGAUGUAGUCAAUAAAUUAAACAUCUGUGUUCGUUUUCUAUCUGUUUACUUUGUGAAAUUCUGUUUAUAUUCCCUAUAUUUCAUUAUUUGCAAGUAGCCAGUUUUCAAACUACUGUAGUCGAAGGGUUCAUGGUGAUACUUUUCAGAUGUAAGGAACAUGGUUUCACUUUCUAUUUGCUGAUAGGAAAUGUCCAAGUAAAAAGCGCAGACACGGGAUUGUUCACACUGAAGAUCGCCUCUUGUCUCGUCACACUUUCGCCGCUCAUAACAAAACGUAGUAACCGGUGUGACCCUUUGUGGACACGCAUUCUUGGUCCGUUUAGCUCUGCUUGUGCUAUAUUGUGCUAAUAUAAUGCUUGUGCUAAGUGUUAACUGUGUUGCGCUAAAGAACGCCUAACAUGGCCCCAAAAUCUGUCUUUCAGCGAACGCCCUGAAAAAUGAGCUAGUGUUAGUCUGACCUUUAAACGUUUUUGUUUUACUACAUUUACCCCCAACGGGUCAAGAUAAAACGUAAUGUAUGUACCGGUACUGUUCUCACAUAUAUUUGUUUUUUAAUAUCUUAAAAAGAAGAAAAAAUAACAUGAAAAAUUAGGGUCGGCCUUUUUUUUUUCUAGGUAGGGUCGGAUUCCCGGAAGCACAGUGUAUUUUUUUGUGACUAGAUUGUGCUCUAGUUGGCAAUAAGUAGAAGGAUGCGCAUAUUGACCCCUAGUUUGUGUGUAUUUUAGUGCCGAAUAAAAAAAAUCUUUCAUAAUAGUAUGUGCACAUUUCUUUUUUGUUGAGUAUUACGAACAUAUAAAUUAAUAAAUAUUAUUUUGAAUACCCAGAAUUGUUAUAACAGUUAUAGCAGGAAUGGUAUGUGGUUGUGACUAUCUUCAGUCACUACAGUGAUUGAAAAGAGGAAAGAAUGAUUGGUCGAAUGAUGUUAAAACUAUUUGUUUUGAAUUGUAUUGUACAUCCACGUAUUACAUGUAUUUCCACAGAACCAUUCCGUGCAAUGUAAUUAAGUGUACAUCACCGUAACAUGUUGUUGAUUUAAUAUCUAACUACACACACCUUUGCACAAUACAACAGAGGCUACUGACUGGUUAAGGUAUAACAUUAAAGACAAACAUUUGCUACGAACUACCAUAUAGUAUAUGAUGAACAUUUAUGAUAGUAUAUGAUAAACAUUUAUGAUAGUAGCUGAUGAACAUUUAAGAUAGUAGUUGAUGAACAUUUAAGAUAGUAGUUGAUGAACAUUUAUGAUAGUAGUUGAUGAACAUUUAAGUAGUUGAUGAACAUUUAUGAUAGUAGCUGAUGAACAUUUAAGAUAGUAGUUGAUGAACAUUAAUGAUAGUAGUUGAUGAGCGGUAAUUGUCUUUUGUCAAGCUGAUUAAUGCCAGCGACGCAAAAUGUCAAGUCAGGUCAGGUCAGGUCAUAAGGCUUAACGUCUGCACAUUCAGAGCUAGCUGUUGUAGCGCACGCCUGUCAUGGGCACAGGUGUCAACUUAUGUCGGCUCCUCCGUCCAGGACAGGAAAUGUUUUGGUGUGGGUGGGAUGAGGGACCGCCCGCGCUGGCAAGUGCAAGAGAUCACCAGCAGCCCGACACGAAAUGUUAACAUUGAAAGUGUAAAUAAUAAGUAUUACUAUACUAUACUAUACUAUACUAUACUAUACUAUACUAUACUAUACUAUACUUCUAUCAAUACAUUCGGUAAUGUCCGUAUUAUAAAGACUGAUGUCGACAGAUUCCCAAAACUCUAUUGAUAGUUGUGACAAAGGAAGGAACUGACGUCACUAAAUAGAUUCUAGGACAUAGAGGUGACUCGUAUGUUUCAAGGUUUAAAUAACAAACCAGAUUUCAUCAAAAACUAAAUUUCAUUUUGCUAGGCGCCUUCUUUAAAAUACUUUUGAUGCUGCUGUAAAUAAUAUACAAAGAGGUACGUAUCGCGAUACAAGGCACACCUAUCGCGAUAUAUUGCUAUAUUAAACAAGCAUAAUACCCACCUCUAAUUCAUACACCGCACGUCACUGAUAAAUUUUGUUUUAAACCUGUCUGUAUGGUUUGAAAGGGAUAAAAUUACUGAUUAUUAAUCGUGUACCUCAUUAUUUGUGAAACCAAUUUACUUCUGAUUGCAUAUUUGUUGAAAUGAAGUGUAAUAAAUAAACAACUGGUUUUUAUUUAUGUUAUUCAGGUAUACACUCAGUUGAUAUUAUAAUUACAUUCUGUGAACUGACCCUUUCAUUCUGUGAACUGACCCUUUCAUUCUGGCUAAUACCAAUGGGUGUGACAUUUUGUUAAACAGUUGCUCAACGUCCAUAGUGCAUAUAUGUUAUGAUGAAGAGCAAAAUGUUUCAGAAACGAAUUUUAAAAAACAUAUCAGCAUGACAUAUUAUUUUAAUAUUUGAACAUAUUGUACUAUAUAUUUUAAUUACCCCAAAGAACAAUGUUAGACUUUUCUUUUAAUGUAUAUUAAGAACGUUUUUAAUUAAUAUGUUUUAAUAUUAUAUGCCUGAAAGAUAUGUUGGUCCAUGGGCGCCAGAGGUGCGUGUGACGACAAAACGCUAGCUUCCAAAACAGAUUUUAUUGUCUUAAUGUUUUAGUCAUUUAAAGGUUUUGUUUUGUUUUGCAUUACAUAAUGAACUCCAAUGUGAAACCGUUAUUACGUUUUAUUGUUUGCCUUUUGUUUGUUAUUGUCAGGAAUCUAAAACAUGUCUUGCACUUUGAAAAGGCCCUUCUUGGGGAUUUUCGUGUCAGGAUGGGUGUAUCAUUUGUAAAUAAUUAUUAAUGUGGGUAAAAUAAGAUGACAAAAUACUUGUCGGAAAUGUGGUUUCCUGGAAGGUUUAGAAACAUAAAAUCUAUUUGGUGAUUUCUGAAUUAUUUUAAAUAGGCUCUUUUAUUAUUACGAAAGCGAUAUGGUAUCAAAGUAGAUGACAUCCCAUCACGGCUUCGUUAGAUUAAACCAUGGAGAGAAACACAGAUAUAUCAACGAAAUCAGUUUCUUUAAAUCUGGAUGAAAGACUAUCUUAAUAUGGAGACCAUGUUUUAACCCCAAUGUGGUCUUCGCGAUAACUAAAGGUAAUUAGUACCAUCUAUCUUUAGAUCUACGUAUAUAGGUACUCAGUAGCUAUGUGGUUGACGUAACACAUACAAAACAAGGGGUAUUUCGGGUCGUCAAUUUAAUAAUUAUUUAAUAAAAAUAUAUUAAUAAAUGUGUUGUUCAUUAUUUAUAUAAGUAUUUCUCUUAACUGUUGUUAACCAAACAAUUAUAAAUAUGACGGAGAAAAUUAGACGUUUUGUUUUACUACCACGUGUACGAUGUCUGGUUUGUGACAUCAAAAUAUAUUCAUCUCGAUAUAAUGAAUUCCUUUUGCUAUAACAUAAGAACGUAAUUGGGACGCAGAACAAAAUAAAAGAAGUUGCAAUAUUGCAAAACCUAACAGUCAAAUCAGUUCUAAUUCCAACACAAUUAAAGACAGCAACAGUGGCGUGAUCCCAGCAAUGUAAAAAGAAAGAAAAGAACAAACCAUUAACUUUAUAUACUCCUAGAUUCAUAACACAUAAUAGAUGCAAUGUCCAUAGAAAGUUCGUUACUUUAGCUUGGAUUUAUCGCAAUGAACUAAUUAUGCACCGUGUUACCUUUUGAGUACUUUUGUAAAAUGUUUCUGGUGAGUAUUUGUUAUUAGAUGUUGUGAAGACGAUUCCAGUGUUGCCUUAUAACCCAGCGAACAGAAAUAUUGUAUGUGGUCAGGGAUUUUUCCAAAAUCUUCAGGAAGCGAUGCGUGAUUGCGUACUAUAUAGUUCUUGUUUUCUACUACUGUCAAUAUGUCAUGCUGAGGUGUACAAUAUGGGUGCAUUUGUUAUUAUUGAUAUUUAACCACGCUGAAUGUUCAAUAAAUCUUGAUUAUGAAAAA